CUUUUCUACAAGAAAGCAGUGCAUUGUAAAGAAAUGAAAAUAGACGAGGCAGGAGAAACAGUGAGAGGGUGGCAAAGACAAAAAAGGUGAAGGGAAAGAGCUGUGGGAGGCAAAUCUAGAGAGAAACAGGGAGAAAUUAUUUAGGGAAGAGAGAAGGAGGAAUAGAAAUCUUGUGGAAAUAGGUUAGGAAACUCUUGCGAUUCCUGCGUGCUCCUGCAAGAAAAUACUUUUGGCAUGCUGGUUUAGGAGCUGGAGAGGACGCUUCUCACUCCCCCCCAGUGUGGCUCACCAGGGGCAUGGGGCUGUGGCUUUUCCUAGCCUGGAUGGUCUGGAGGCUUGUGAACCCAGCUUUUGCUUUCUCCAUGUCCGAGAACCCCCUCAGUAUUAGCAUGCCCACAGCUGGUGACCAGGGAAACACUACAGUGGCUGUGACCACUAACGUACCAGUCUCCUUAGCCCCACACUGUGUGGCCCAGCACCCCUUGCAUCAUGGCUCCUUCUAUGUGGAGGCUGGGUCGGGCACCUCUCUGGGCUCUGUCCUGACAUUCUGGUGCAACGAAGGGUACCAACUGGUGGGCAGUGAGAAAGUUACCUGCACUGUCAGAGAAGGCACCCCCCAGUGGAGCAACUACCUACCUGUUUGUGAAGUGAUUCCCAAACCUGUGGACCGAGGGCUACGCGUGGCCGUGCUGGUCUCAAUCAUCAGUGGCAUCAUCAUCCUGGCCAUGUCUGCGUCCUUCUUCGCGUGCUGUGUGCGGGAGAGACUGCAGUGGGCACAUGGCAGGAGGAGGGACAGCAGACAUCAGAAAGGUAACAAACACCUGCGAAGAAGAGCAUGCUGGAGUGAGCGAGAAGAGGAUGAGUGGGAAAGGACACCCCCAAAAUGUCUCCCAAGCCAGCUGGAUUACCGCCUGUCCGCUCCCAAAAGCCCCCUCUACCUGGGAGAGUUCAGGGGGUAUGAGAACCAGGGGUACCAGAGGAGCCAAGAAAACCUGCUAAGCGCACCGUCACGAGGACUGUAUUCUGAACCCCAGGUGUACCCCCACGUGGUGCUGCAGCGAGUCCCAACACCCACUGUCCCGGUCUACCUGCACCUUCCCGCCCAGCCUGCAGACUCUCAUACUCAGAUCAUGUCAACAUACACAAACCCAGCCUACUGCAGCCCACAGGGGACCCUUCAGAGGCACUACCAAUAGGAACCUGAACACCUACAUCACGUUCUGUAGGGACUGCUUGUCCAAGCGCACUAGCUUCCUGGUGAGAACGCUUUUCCAGGCACGCUUCCUGUACAGACUGAAAUGCCUUCCUAGGUAUCAACCAGGUUCAACCAUGAUUGAUACCUAGUAACUGGUUGUGGUGAAACUCCAUGGUCUAUUGAAUUUGAAUGAGCCUAACAUGGUUAGGAUGUUAUUUACCAAGUAUGGUCUGACAAUGAUUAGCUAUAAUAAAUCAAGGUUGUCCAUGUUAAACAUGGUUUAACUGUAAACACAAAGCACAACAUGGGCUAACAUGGUUUAAACAUGAUACAUUCAUCAGGACAGGGAGGUUUUAUGUUGAUGGUGUCCAUUAUCAGUACCUUUCUGAGACCUUUUAUAAACAUCUGUAAACUGAAUGAACGGUACCUUACUGUAUGGGGCAUUGCAUGUUCAAGCACACUGUUCAAAGCAUAUUUUUGAUCAGUUUUAAAAAGGUUUAUAUAAAUCCACUUUCAGCCUCCUGUUGUAUGCUCCUCUUUCAACCUUUGCUUUUGUUCAGACUGGCAGGCACUCCAUCUGGAUACAUAAAAAUGACUUUUGGAAGAAUUUUGUGAAUUUGACCUGGGUAAGCUGCAAUGGUCCAAGGACCCAGGGGUGUAGUCAAUAUUACUGAGGUCCAAGUUUUCAAAAUGUAAUUUGUGUUUUAUUUGUAAUAUUAGUAUUGUUAUAAUUAACACUACUGCAAAAGAAUCAGUUGAUUUCCCAAAACCAGAAUAUAGGGGCAAUUUAUCUGAAUCGAAGUUUACUAGGAUUUAUUUGCACAAACGAAAAAUAAGCGUCUUUUAGUAUUUCUUACUUAUAUAGGAAACACCUUUUGGUUUGUUUCUAAAUGAUAAAAUAGAUGGGAAAGCAAUGUAAUCUUGGGUUUGUAAUGAUUGCUUUUCAUCACUAUAUGUCAAACGAGCUGUUUAAAUUCUGUGGUAUAUCAAACU